AUGCAUCCGGACCCGAGUCUUCUCAGUGAUCCAUUCUGGGCUCACCCAUAUCUGAUGGAACAGAUUGCUCGCGCCCAAGAACCCUCUGUGUGGGCUAUCCGAGACCAUGUUCGAGCCUUGGAGACCGAAAGGAAACCAGAAGGUAGACCACAGCCUGACUACAGGCGGCUCCACGACAUCGCACGGCACGCAAUUCAUGUCAAUGAGACAUUAGAUGCCACCAUGCAAAGUUUAGAGUAUUUGAUGACUGAACAUGAAUACUAUAAAAACUUGAGCCAUGAGAACGCCACCAGUGCAUCUGAGGAUAUCCACCGUCGUCUGCGCUUUUUCCAAUCUUUCAUCGCCAAUCUACGCUCUCGGUCAAUCUCGAAUGAAAAGAGGCUUCAAAACGAGAUCCAGCUGGCUUUCAACACUGUGGCCCAGCAUGAUUCAAGUAUUACCCUUGAAAUCAGUCGCGCUACUCAACUGGAUAGCGCCACCAUGAAAACAAUCGCUUUCGUUACUCUCACAUUCCUGCCUCCUACCUUCAUCUGCGCUAUCUUCAGCAUGUCAUUUUUCAACUACGGCCCUGAUACUGGUUGGAAUAUGUCGAGCAACUUCUGGAUCUACUGGGUCUUUGCUAUACCCACAACUGUUUUUACAACUGUGCUAUGGACUUAUUGGGGAGACAUUCGGGACAUGAUUCUUUUGAAAAAAGAACAAAAUUAG